GAGAGAGAGGGACUGGACACUCACUCCAAGUUAAAUUCUCUGUCUUUCCUAUGUCGUCUUGUGUUUUUUCUUUUUCCAUUUUUAUAAUCUUAUUGGAAAAAAAAGUAGUACUCCAAAAGCAACGUUGACUCAUUACUUAGUUAUAUCUCCAACUACUUACAACCAACUCAAGAAAUAUUCUCAUAACAAUAAUUCAUUCCUUAAUUUCUUCAUUCCUUAAUCUCCCAGAAAAACAAAUGUAACAUAACCCAACCCAAACAAAAAAAAAUGGAAAAUCGUCAAAGAAUAACACUUUACGACCAAAUGAUUUCCGGUAACACAAGCAACAACAACAACACAAGAAUCUCACUUGCUAGUUUAAUCAAAAACGACGCCGUUUUAACCAACCAAAAAACCCCAAACCAAACACUCUUAGACAUUAUACGAGAAAACGAACCCAACAACAACAACAACGUUGUUAAUGUUAACAACAAUCGAAAAUCAUGGAAAGGUUUUAAGGAAUUACUUCGUUUAAAGCGUCGUAACUCGGACGAGUCAACUCACCAACAACAAAACGACGCCGUUCGAGAUAAUGUUGUGAACAAUUCCGAUCUGACAGAGUUUCUUGCCGGCGGUGAAUCUUCCGACGAGGAAAUUAACGUUGAUAAUUCGGAGACAGCGGCGCAGGUUAGUAUGUCGUUGAUGGAUUUGUUGGAAGAGAGUGAAAUUGAAUUGGAUCGAAGUAGUGAUGUUAAUGAUGAUGACGUGGAUCAGAAUCAUGAAGAAGAAGAAGAAAAAGAAGAAGGGAAUGUUAAGGUGGAACACAAUUGUUGCGUGUGUAUGGUAAGGCAUAAAGGCGCAGCGUUUAUACCAUGUGGACACACGUUUUGCAGAAUGUGUUCAAGAGAACUUUGGGUUAGUAGAGGGAAUUGUCCUCUUUGCAAUCAUUUUAUAUUAGAAGUUCUUGAUAUUUUCUAAUUAUUGCAUUCUUUUUUAUUUCUAGAUUUAUUUUUCCUCUUACUUGAGUUUGGGGUUUUUUCUUUUCUGGGUUUUAUAAUUGUGAUGACUUGGAGAAGUUUGUAUGUCUAGAUUAAAUUCACUAAAUUGGGUUUGAUUUCACUUGCUAGUUUGUGGUUUUUAAUCAUAGUUUUUUUUUAUACUUUCAUCAUCAGUUUAAUCUGGUUCGGAGGUCAGUUAUGACAUCAAGUGGUUUCAGCGCUCUCCCAAUCGCAUUUAAUCAUAGAUUUUAGGACAAUUGCACAUAGAGUCAUUUUUAAGUUUCACAUUUGUAACAUAUAAGUCUUUAAGUUUUUUAGAUAACAAAUAAGUCCUUAAGUUGUCAGUGCACUAUUACCCUUUCAGUUAUUAUACAUUUACAAAAAUGUUGGUGUGACCGUUAA